AUGUCGUCCAACAUCCACCUUUACACUACUCAGACGCCCAAUGGCAUAAAGAUCUCCAUUCUGCUGGAGGAGCUUGGCCUUCCCUAUGAGCAUACCAAGAUCGACAUCUCUAAGAACACGCAGAAGGAGGACUGGUUCCUGGCCAUCAAUCCAAAUGGACGAAUUCCAGCUCUCACUGAUACUUUCACUGAUGGAAAGCCCAUCAACCUCUUUGAGAGCGGAGGUAUCAUGCAGUACUUGGUCGACCGAUACGACAAAGAUCACAAGCUUAGCUUCCCCCCUGGAACCCGUGAACACAUCGAGGUGACAAACUGGAUGUUCUUUAUGAACGCAGGUGUUGGCCCAAUGCAAGGCCAGGCCAACCACUUCACGCGUUAUGCCCCUGAAACCAUCCCAUACGGAAUCAAGAGAUACCAAAAUGAGACAAGAAGACUUUAUGGCGUUCUCGACAAACACCUGCGCGACAACAAGGCAGAAUACCUCGUUGGAAACAAAUGCACCAUCGCCGAUAUCGCGCACUGGGGAUGGAUCUCAGCGGCUGGCUGGGCAGGUAUUGACAUCGAGGAGUUUCCGACCCUCAAGGCUUGGGAGGAACGCAUGUGGGCUCGCCCUGCGGUGCAGAAAGGAGCAAAUGUUCCCGAUCCGUAUCGAAUGAAAGAACUUCUUGCCGACAAGGCAGAGAUGGAGAAAAAGGCAGCCGAGGCCAAGGCUUGGAUCCAACAGGGCAUGGCUGCGGAUGCUAAGAAGUAG